AUGUUCGUCCGCUACGAAGUCGACGUGACGACCAAGAUUAGGUCCAUAGAAAUAGAGCGCUGGUGGCCGUCCGGCUACGGGAGUCAGAAGCUGUACCACCUCAACGUAUCCAUGUCGGUCGAUGAUGAGAAGUGUGUCAAGGCCAUCAGAUUUGGCUUUCGCACCGUUGAGCUCGUGGAAGAUGCUAUCUCCAAUGACACUCAAGGUGCGGAGUUCUACUUCAAGAUCAACGGUGUGCCAAUAUUUGCCAAAGGAAGCAACUGGAUUCCAGCGGACAUCUUUCCGGAGAGGGUUACAAAGGCAUACAUCAGAGACCUGCUGCAAUCCGCCAAGGAUGCCAACAUGAACAUGAUUCGUGUGUGGGGCGGUGGUAUUUACGAGAAAGACUACUUCUAUGACCUCGCCGACGAACUUGGAAUUCUGAUCUGGCAAGACCUGAUGUUCUCCGUCAGCCUCUAUCCCGCGGACGAUGACUUUCUUCGCAGUGUUGCCACUGAAGUGAGGCAGCAGGUUCGUCGUCUUCAACGUCAUCCAUGUCUGAUCGUGUGGGCUGGCAGCAACGAGAAUGAACAUGACCUGUACAUUGGCAUUUGGGGAAGUUUCAGCGAUUAUUUGGACGAAUAUAGAAGACUGUACGUUUACACCAUAAAGAGAGUAAUUGACAGAGAGGAUAAGUCGCGCCCCUUCGUGUCUUCAUCUCCCAGCAACGGCAGGGACGGAAGCCCCGUCUUGCUCAACACUUCGCUUCCUGUACACUUGAUCUUGAAUCACAGUGCCAUCUGGAAGCAUGGUUCUCCGAACAGCCGGGAGCGUGGCGACUUGCACUACUACCAGUCAGGGGGCAAUACCUGGUACCCGGGGGGUUAUCCGAUUCCUCGAUUCGUAAGUGAGUACGGUCUCCUGUCUCAUCCAUCGCCUGAGACCAUGCGAAAGAUUGCGCCGGAGUCAACGCUGGUAUUCCCGUUCUCGCCAUUCCUCGAUGCUAGGCAGCAUCACAGCGGAGGUAAAUUUGAGCUACUAGAAUCGCUGCGCGUGCAUUUCGGCAUAGCCGUUCCUUACCCUGGUGCCAACGGCACGGAAGAAGGAUACGCCAUGAUGUCGUACUUGAGCCAGUUGUAUCGCGAUACGAUACAAGAUACUCAGGUCGUGCAAGCCGAAGGUGUUCGCACCGGCUGCGAGUCAUUCCGACGUUGGCGCAGCUACCUCGAUGACAGCGGUCGUGGCCACACCAUGGGCGUGCUCUACUGGCAGCUGAACGAUAUCUGGCAGGCACCGUCGUGGUCUUCCAUCGAGUAUGGUGGUCGUUGGAAAAUGUUGCACUACUUCGCCAAGAAGUUCUACAGUCCAGUGCUCGUGUCGCCUUUCUUAAAAGGAAAGGACCUCAUCGUGUUUGUCCUCAACGAUGAACUUUCUCGUUUGGAAAAUGUUUGGCUCAACAUUAUUUCGCAGAAGUGGACGUCAUUCGUGCCGGCGAAGUCCACGGCGUUUAAGCUCAAUGUGCCCGCUGCUAGCUCCUUUGAGGCAGUCACCAUAUCGUUGGGCAGCCUGUGGAACAGCAGUUCGUGCUCGAGUACAGAAUGUUUCUUGUGGUUCACGCUAGAGGACGCUCUGACAGGGUUCUCGCUCGCGCCAGAGGCCUACGUGCUGCCCGCUGCACUUGCCGACGCAACCUUAAUGCAGGCAACGAUAAAGGUGAGGUCCGUAACGGGACCACUGUUUCCCGACUACGAGCCGUACACCUAUCAAGUGGACCUUUCCACGGAUAACGUGGCGGUCUUCGUGUGGCUCGACUCGCAGCGCCUGAGUGGCCGCUUCUCCGACAACGGAUUUCUGCUCAGAGAGCCCGCCAAGGAGGUUCUGUUUCAUACCAGCGACAACGUGACUGCCGAGCAGCUUCGAGAGGCCAUAGCGAUCUACACAGUCUCGGACUGCACGACUAAGCGAGGGUGCCCGUUUGUCGGGGUACGGUUGGACACCAGCAGCACUCACGAGGUGGCCGAGUAUGGUGAUUUCGCGCCGUCCGAAACGGCACUUUACCGAGUUCAGCUGGAGAGCGGCUCGUCGAAAAACAUCCAGGACGGCAGACAGGUGUGA